GCGCCAGUUCCGCAUGCAGCCCGCGCGCCAGCAUCACACGCGGCGGUCGCAGCACAUGCGCCGGCAGUGGUCGCAGCACGUGCUUCCAACGCAGCGUAUCCGAGCCAUCAGCGUCGCAGGCCGGCAUCGGCAAAGAUCCACAAACACAAGCGGGUGGCUGAGCCGGAAGAAGAUAUCAUCUACGAGGACGUUGAGGGUCCGCACGUGGAUCGCGAGAUUCCUGCUCCCUGCAGCUCUGGGGACGCACAGGCUCCGGAGACGGAGCGCCCUGUCAGCGUCCCACACGAGGCAGCGGCCUCCCAGGCAAAGCGGCACCACCGUGCAUGGAGGCCUGCCUCUGCCAAGGUGCACAAGCACAAGCGCGUCGAACGCUGCGAAAACGCGGAGGACAUUUACGAUGACUUGGAGCCGAGCCUGGCGGAGAGCUCCGAUUUCUCCGGGCAGGAGGAUGCUGCCUCUCCUGACCAGCCCUUUGAGGAUGCUGGAGAACUCACGCCUCCAUCACAAGGUGUGGAUGUGUGGAUUCAUCAGGAGAGCCGCGGUGAGGCAUUCCAUGGCCACUUUGAAUUCGUGGCACCCCGAAGAUCGUCUCCACCCAGCUUAGACAGGCGGCGAAAGACAGCCUGA